AUGGCGGAGCAUAACAUUGUCGUUCUUGGUGGUGACCACUGCGGUCCGGAGGUCGUUGCCGAGGGCAUCAAGAUCCUUAAAACGAUUGAGGCGAACAAGCCUUCCGCUGGCAAGUUCAAUCUCAAGGAACAUCUCAUGGGCGGCUGCUCCAUCGACGCCCACGGCACUCCCCUCACAGACGAAACCCUCCAAGCCGCACAAGCCGCCGACGCCGUCCUGCUCGGAGCCAUCGGCGGACCCAAAUGGGGCACCGGCGCGGUGCGCCCUGAACAGGGCCUCCUGAAGAUCCGCAAGGAGAUGGGCACCUACGGCAACCUGCGGCCCUGCUUCUUCGCCUCGGACAGCCUGGUCGACUACUCGCCGCUCAAGGCCUCGGUGUGCAAGGGCACCGACUUUGUCAUUGUCCGCGAGUUGACGGGUGGUAUCUACUUUGGCGACCGGAAAGAAGAUGAUGGCAGCGGCGAGGCAUGGGACAUGGAGCCGUACUCACGCCCCGAGAUCGAGCGCGUUGCGCGACUGGCUGGUUUCCUCGCCCGUGGUCGAGGUGACAAGAAGGUCUGGUCUUUGGACAAGGCCAAUGUUCUGGCCACGAGCCGUCUGUGGCGCAAGGUCAUGACCGAGACCUUUGAGAAGGAGUUUCCCGAUCUCAAGGUUGAGCACCAGCUCAUCGACAGCGCGGCCAUGAUCAUGGUGAAGAACCCCACCGGUCUGAACGGCGUUGUGGUGACAAGCAACUUGUUUGGCGACAUCAUCUCCGACGAGGCCAGUGUCAUCCCUGGAAGCAUUGGACUGCUGCCCAGCGCGAGUCUGAGCGGCAUCCCCGACGGCAAGGGCAAGUGCAACGGCAUCUACGAGCCCAUCCAUGGAUCGGCCCCGGACAUUUCGGGCCAGGGCAUCGUCAACCCCAUCGGCACCAUUCUCUCUGUCGCCAUGAUGCUGCGCUACUCGCUCAACCUGCCGGAGGAGGCCAAGGCUGUCGAGGAGGCCGUGCGCGCUGCGAUCGACGGAGGGCUACGCACCAAGGACAUGGGCGGCAGCGCAAAGACAGCCGAGGUGGGCGACGCGGUUGUGAAAGAGCUCGAGCGUAUCUUGAAGGCGUAG